AUGACAGCGGCUAACGGCCACUUCGCCAGCGUCGGCGACGACAGCAACACGCAGCUGCAGUCGUUCGAGCACGGCAUCCAAGUCAUCGACGAGAACAAGACGUACAACGCAAACCUGCCCGCAUACCUCGACGCCGAACAUGUCCUGCGCCAGGGCUUCAACUACCACCUCAUCUCCGUCUUUGGCAGCCAGAGCACCGGAAAGAGCACUCUGCUCAACCACCUCUUCGGCACCCACUUUGGUGUCAUGUCCGAGUCAGAACGCCGCCAGACCACCAAAGGAAUAUGGAUGAGCAAGAACAAGCGCGACCAGGCCGAACGAGGUGCCGUCAAGAUGGCAGACAACAUCCUGGUCAUGGACGUCGAAGGUACCGACGGCCGCGAACGUGGAGAGGACCAGGACUUUGAGCGCAAGAGUGCCCUGUUUGCAUUGGCCACCAGCGAGGUCCUGAUCGUCAAUAUCUGGGAACACCAGGUUGGUCUGUACCAGGGUGCCAACAUGGGUCUGCUCAAGACCGUCUUCGAGGUCAACCUGCAAUUGUUCCUCAAGGACAACAACUCGACGCCUCGAUCGCUCCUCUUCUUUGUCAUUCGCGACCACAUUGGCACCACUCCCCUGUCCAACCUGCGUCAGACUCUGCUUGCCGACCUUACCCGCAUCUGGUCCACCCUCUCCAAACCUCCUGGCCUCGAGAACUCCAAGAUUGAAGACUACUUUGACUUUGCCUUCACCGCUCUGCCCCACAAGAUUCUACAGCCCGAACAGUUCAUCGAGUCCGUCGCCAAGUUGGGUUCGCGCUUCCGCGAAGGCCAAAAGAGUUCUAGGACGAACCCCUUCUCCGAUGAGCAGGCUGAGCCUAUCUUGCUGCCCGAGUACCACCGCAGGAUUCCCGCCGAUGGCUUCUCCAUGUAUGCUGGAAACGUCUGGGAGCAGAUUGACAGCAACAAAGAUCUCGAUCUACCAACCCAGCAAGAGCUCUUGGCCCAAUUCAGAUGCGACGAGAUUGCUCGCGAGGUACUCGUUGCCUUUGACGAAGUCAUUACUCCCCUCGAGUCCAAGCAAGCGGACGCUGCAAAGUCUGGCUCUCCCAGUGUACUCGUAGGCCUCGGCAAAGCCAUGAGUGGAGCUCGCGCAAAGGUGCUCAAGGACUUCACUGGUGAGGCAAGCAGAUAUCACCAGGGCGUCUACAAGCGCAAGAGUGCCGAGCUCGAGACCAACGUCGAUGCUAGGCUGAAGACUCUCUUCCAGGGCCAACUUUCCGCAGCUCACAAGACUGGCGUCCAACAAUUCACCGAGUCUGUCUCUUCUGCAGUCAAGGCUGGUCAAAAGAAGGGUAGCAACUACGAUUUCCAGAAGAUUGUCAACGCCGAGAAGCAAAAGUCUCUCCAAAACUACGAGCAAGAAGCAUCGGACCUUGUGAUUGAAGGUGCUUCAUGGAGCAACUACAAGCAAGAGCUCGACUUGUACCGCAAAGAUCUUGACGAGGCCAGCGGCAAACUUCGCAAAGACGAGAUGCGCCGUCUCGCUUCACGCGUAGAACGCUGGGUCCGCUCUCAUCUCAGCGAGUCUAUCGGUGUGCAAUUUAACAAGAUCGGUUCAGGACGCGGUGGCUCUGGUGCACCCGAGACCGGUGAGAGAGGUUCGAUCGAGAAAGAUCUCUGGGACCGCAUCUGGCUCGUUUUCACCGAAACCGUCAAGCACGCAGAAUCUCGCUUCACCGAGCGCGCAAAGGGCUUCGAUGCCAGCCCCGAAGAAGUUGAAGUCGGGCUUUGGCGCCUGCGUCGCAAGUCUUGGGGUGUUUUGAGGGCCAAGAUUGACGAGGAGGUCAUGGAAGGAAACAUUCUUCUCAAGCUUAGGGAAAACUUUGAAGACAAGUUCCGCUAUGACGAGGAAGGCGUGCCCCGUAUCUGGCGUCCCUCUGACGAUAUCGAGGGUAUCUACACGCGUGCGAGGGAAAGCACUCUCGAGCUCAUUCCUCUGCUUUCAAAGUUCAGGCUUCAUGAAACAAAGUCUUUGCCGCCGCUUGAAGAGUGGAUCGGCCAGACACCUGCCGAGCUUUCUGCUGCUGACGAAGAGGACUUGCAUCCUAUCGGUGGUGUCGACGAAGAAGACGGCAAGACCCUCGACGAGGAAAUGACUGUCCUCAGCGAUGCGAAGAAGCAGGAUCUCAGCGUGCGGUUCAAGAAGACUGCUGAUGGCGUUUAUGUCGAAGCCAAGCGUAGUGCGAUUGGCGGUGUCACUCAAGUACCUCUUUACUUCUACGGUCUCUUGCUCGCUCUGGGCUGGAACGAGAUUGUCGCAGUCCUUCGCAACCCUCUGUACUUUGUCUUCCUCAUUCUUCUCGGUGUUGGUGGUUAUGUCACCUACACACUCAACCUCUGGGGCCCAAUCAUCCGCAUGAGCAACGCUGCUAGCGCACAAGGCAUUGUGGUGUUCAAGGAGCGUCUGCGCGAGUUCCUCGAGACAUCUGAUACUGGUCGUCAAGCCAUGGCCAUGUCUGGCAGCAAACCUUCUGAGCGUGAACAAUACAGAAUGGACACGCUAAACAGCGAGGGCAAGAAAAAUGCUUCUGCGGCAGCUGCUGAUGAAGAUGACGAUAUCUGA